AAGGAUUGGUUGGUUAUUUCUUUUGGCAUACGGAGUGGAAAGAAGAAAUGGUGUUUGGUUGGACAACCGUUUUUUUCAAGACCCGUCAAUUGGGAUAUCUUAACCAACUGAGAACCAUUUCACAAACGGCGUAUACUCAUCCUUCAAGUAGUGCUGCAUUUUCAAAACUCUCUUCUGAAGAUAUUUCCUAUUUGAAAGGAAUUGUCACACCUCGUGGAGUAGUGGAAGAGAAGGAAGCUUUGGAACCGUUCAAUACUGACUGGAUUGGAAAGUAUAAAGGAAAUACUUCUUUGGCGUUGAAACCGAGUUGUACCGAUCAAGUUUCACAGAUUCUUCAGUUUUGUUACGAAAAGAAACUUCCCAUCGUUCCACAAGGAGGUAAUACGGGUCUUGUAGGAGGUAGUGUUCCAGUUUUUGAUGAAAUCGUUCUCAAUCUUGGAAACAUGAAUCGAAUAAGAGACUUUGAUAGCAAAAGCGGAAUAGUAACUUGUGAAGCUGGUGUGGUUUUGGAAACCCUUAGUAACUUUGUAAAUGAACAAGGUUACACUUUUCCUUUGGAUUUAGGUGCCAAAGGAAGUUGUCAAAUCGGUGGCAAUUUGGCAACCAACGCAGGAGGUACUCGCUUUCUUCGAUAUGGUUCAUUGCACGGUUCCACUUUGGGCUUAGAAGUUGUCUUGUCCAACGGAAAAGUAUUAAAUAUGUUAUCAAGUUUAAGAAAAGAUAACACGGGAUAUCAUUUGCCACAUUUAUUUAUUGGUUCUGAAGGAACGCUCGGUGUUAUCACUGCAGCCUCCAUAUGCUGUCCUAAAAAGUGUCGUUCAGUGCAUACAGCAUUAUUAGGUGUGGAGAGCUUUGACAAAGUAACCGAAUUGUUGGUGAGAUGUAAAGAUGAAGUGGGCGAAAUUCUCUCAGCUUUCGAGUUUAUGGAUCGAAACGCCGUGCAAUUAGCAACAAAACUAUUAUCUCACGUGAGAGAUCCCUUUUCCAGUACUUUUCCAUUUUACGUGCUCAUAGAGACAUCGGGCAGCAAUGAAAACCACGAUAUGGAAAAAUUAGAAAAGUUUUUGGAAUCUUGUUACUCCGCCGAUUGGAUAAGUGAUGCUGUUCUAGCUCAAGAUCAAUCUCAGAUGAACCAGCUUUGGACUUUGAGAGAAAGCAUGCCAGAGGCGGUGAACCGUUCAGGAAAGUACAUUUUCAAAUACGACUUGUCCAUUCCUUUGGAACAUUUUUACGAUUUGGUUUCUGAAAUGAGGUCAAGAUUGGCAGACUAUACAUGCCAGGUUGUUAGUUGGGGUCACAUUGGUGACUGCAACUUGCACCUAAAUAUAUCUAGUUCAGAUUCCAACGAAUCCCUAUCCAAUCUGAUCGAACCUUAUGUUUAUGAGUGGACUCGUGCGCAUGGUGGUAGCAUAAGUGCCGAACAUGGUGUAGGUAGAGUCAAGUCGAAAUAUUUGUCCAUGUCGAAAGACAAGCAAGUCAUCGAUUUGAUGAAGCAAAUGAAACAACUUUUAGAUCCUCAUGGUAUAUUGAAUCCUUACAAGAUUUUCUCUAAAGAAGAAUGAUGGAAAGCUUAUUGAGUCCAAGAAUGGCUUCUUCGAAUAGGGCGACCGUUGUGAAAAGUUUCUUCUCGAUGCAUCCUUUUUUCAAUGACUUGUUCUAAACAACAGUUGUUGUUGAUAUUCUUGGAUAAGGACAGGAUUCUUCUUAAAGCAAAUGAGGCAGCCUCAUCUCCUUGUAGCAUUGCUUCUAAUACAACUAUUUCCCGGUUACAUCGACUUGACUCUGCUUUCCUCCAUUGUUCAAUAAUUUCAUCUCUAAAGAUGCUUUCAGUAUAAUAAAACUUUCGAUGAUGAAGAAACUCCAAAACAACCGCCAGACUUAGCAUUGUGUUAG